AUGAAGUGUGUAAUUGAAGGCAAUGGCAUUAAAGUUUUUGGAAAAGCAGUUCAUGCUCUGUCAAGAAUUGGUGAUGAGAUAUGGUUGGAUCCACUGGAGAAAGGGUUGGCUGUAAGGACAGUGAACUCAUCUCAAUCGGCUUAUGCCUGUUUCUGCUUCACUCCUCUGUUCUUCCAGCAAUAUAUUCCAGAACCAGACAUUCAGAAAGACUGUGAAGCAGUAAAAUGCAAGUUAAACAUUAAGUGUGUACUUCCACUGUUCCGCUGUGCAUCAUGGAGAGAGCGCAGUGUGGACAAAUGUGAGAUAUCCAUCAACAUCCCAAAUAGCAGGGUGAUAUUUCAGUUUCACUGCAGACACGGAAUAACAAAGACCUAUAAUUUGGGGUAUCAGGAAUGUGAAGCUUUGCAGGCCGUGUUCCCAGCUCACCUCUGUCCAAAUGUCCUAAUGGCCCAGUCCAAACUUUUAGGUGACAUUGUGGUGCAUUUUCCGGUUUCCCAAGAAGAGGUCACUCUUUCCAUUUCCUCUUUUAAAGUAACCUUGAAGACCUUUUGUGAGGAUGAAAAUAACUGUAUCAGAGGCAUGAACACCGAGCUGAUGCUGCACGCAGAUGAGUUUGACUAUUUUCAGGUUGGAGAAGAUUCAGCUGUGACCUUCUGCCUCAAAGAACUGAGGGGGCUGCUGUCCUUUGCUGAGUCUUAUGGUCUAUCAGUAUCUAGUCAGUUUGGUGUGGCUGGACAGCCUGUAUCCUUCUCUGUAAAAGACAUGACGCUGGAGGCCCAUGUUGUGUUGUCCACCUUAACGGAUCCAAACCACAAGAGCCCAUCUCAGCCUGUACCUGGGGAUGAUUGUCCUGUCGACGACCCCAAGAUCUCCACAGCAGAAGUCUCCACAUGUGAAGGCCCUAUGGAGACAGAGGUGUGCGUCGAUGAUGGUGAACAGGUGGCUUCCAGUCAGGGCAGUGAAGUUUUUAAUCCAACCCCUCAUAUGAGGAAGAUGUUUCAGCUUCAGACACCUGGAGAGAUGCUGCCAAGACCCAGACUGGCACCUGAAUCGACUUUGACUACACCAGUAACACCAGCCACUUUCAAGAUCCGCUCGCUGCUCUUUGGGGCUGUAUACACUGAUGUAGUAGACAGUAAAAGUGUGGAUUUACCCAGCCUGGCCUGUGCCAGUGACACAGAAGAGUGACUCGAGUAACAACGUAAUCUAACCUCACACAGGUAACACCUACUGCAAGAAUGCAUGGACUUUACAACACGAUGUAGCCUACAGUAGCUCAGUAGAUUAUAAAGACAACCCACAGUGUGUUAACACAGUUCUUCCGUUUAAGGUUAAUAUGAUUUAAAAUUUGAUGUUUUUCUUAAAUAUUGCUGUCGAGGCCAUCACUAGGUCUUGUUAGGGCACAUCUUGUAUUACUUUGCUAAUGUAAGAAAGGUGUAAACCAGUUGUUUGCUACUGUUUCUGUUCUACCACAAACAUCUUUGUAAUGUAAUUUUUUUUUAAUGAGUUAAAAAUGUUCUUGAAGAGGUAAAAGGAAAACUAUAAGACUGUAGUAAAGUAGGGCAGGUGGGGCACAAUCGCUUUCUGUUGCAUAGCUGAGGAGUGUCUACCUAAACACACAGUUCAGAUGAGUUCGGUUACUGUGGAGAAGAUAAAUCAAAACAGACACAUUCUUGAGGAUUGAAGGACUCCAUGUUCUGUGUGUCCACCGAUGACUCAGAGGAAGCUUUGACUCACUGCUGCUCGAGAAACGAACGUUAUAUAAGUCUGCAGCAAUAACUGCUAUUGUACGCAUACCUCACCACAUCCUCCAGAGAAAGCCUUGUGCUAUACAUGACCAUUGAACUAAAAUAUAUGUCAGUUAGAAGCUCGACAAAUCAGAUCAUGUCAGAGUUCAGCUGGACAGCCAUGCAAAACAGAAUAACUUCAUUUAGCACCACUUUUAGAGGCAUUUUGUCAUUUCAGCUCUUAAUGUGAUGGUUAAAUCGAUCGCUGUUGCAUUAGUCCAUGCUCAUAAUGUUGGGGUCACAACCAUUGCUGCUGGUUUUGUUGACUGCUGACAUACAAAUUUCAUCUCCAGCCACUGGCGAUUGUAAUGUGAUCAGUAUUUUAGGCUCUCAUGCCCUUUUGUAACAAUUUACACCUCAUUUGAGCAUUAAAUGUAAGUUAGUUACACUAUAAAAUGUUUACCGGCAUGAUGCAUGUAAAAUUGCAAAAAAGAAAAGAAAAAAAAAGAAUGGAAGCAUUAAAGCGUGUCAUUUUGUCACUUUCUUUUCUCUUUUCUCUUGUAUUCAUCCCCAUGAUAUCCAAGAUGUAAAUGAGUUUGUUUCUUCAUCAGAUUUGGAGAAAUGUAGCAUUGCAUCAUUUGCUCACCAAUGGAUCCUCUGCAGUGAAUGGGUGCCGUCAGAAUGAGUCCAAACAAGUGCAAGUAAUCCACAGCACCCCAGUCCAUCAGUUAAUAUGUUGAGAAGUGAAAAGCUGCAAGUUUACAAGAAAAAAAACCAUCACGAAGUUUUUUACUUUACUCCUGUCACUUCAGGCCAAAAUAUGAUUCCAUAAGGCUUCCUCCAGUGGAAAAGUCCAUCAAUCGUUUUCCUCUCACAUCAAAAUCCACCCAAAUAUUUGUUUAGAGGUGUUUUGGCUUGUAAACUGUGUUUGAACUGCGCAUAUUUCUCUGGUUCAGACAAGAUGACUUUUCAAAGGAGGAAGCAACACUAUGGAUAGAGUACUGGUAUUUUUAGCUGAAAGCAAUCUGUAUUAUUUAUUUGUGGAAUAUUGUGAUUCUGACAGCACCCGUUCACUGCAGAGGAUCUAUUGGUGAGCAAGUGAUAAUGCUAUAUUUCUCCCAAUCUGAAGAAACAAACUCAUCUUGGAUGGCAUUAGGAUGAGUCUGUCUGAAGCAUAUACAAUUUUGGAAACACUAGAACUAGAUCCCCUUUUCUGCAGGUGGCCUUGAAGAUUCAUCUGAUAGUGUAAUCCAGUUAAUUCAUCAGGGUGCAAAUGUGUGAUUAUAAUAUCUAUGUGGCUGAAGUAAGCAUUGGUGUCUGUGUGGGUGGUACACAUCGCUCUCCUGCAUUGUGAGAUGCUAUACUUCAUCUAAAAAUAGGUGUUUAAUUAUUAUACAUGCCUCUUGUGAAAGUCAGUUUAAUUGAGAAAUUACAUGCAGCAUUUGUUCUUUUAAAAAUACAUUUGUCACACAGCAGGACCAUUAAGUAAACUUCAAAAUAGAUUUUUUUUCAAGUAAAAAAAAAAGCACCCAGCUCUGAUAAAAUUACAAUUACAGUUUUACAAUUAAAAAUGUAUUUGUAAAGUGUUAUGCGUGUGUGUGUGUGUGUAUAUAUAUAUAUAUAUAUAUAUAUAUAUAUAUAUAUAUAUAUAUAUAUAUAUAUAUAUAUAUGAGAUUAUUAAGAAUGUAUUUUUUAAGAUUAUUAAAUGUGAAAUUUCUUCAAAUAAAUAUUAAUAACAACUAUUGACAGCAUCUCUGACAUUAUCACGGAACAUAAUUUACACUCGUCAAUUUAAUAUUUACUUUAAAACAGCGAAACCGUAAUUUACUGUGAAAAACUGUGACCUACAGAAGUUAUAAAAAUAUAACUUUAUUAGAUCAUGUGAUCCAUGACAUACCCACUGAAAGCAUUCACAGAUGCUAGCAUUAGCUUUGUGCGUAAACACCUUGAUGGAUAUUUUAAAAUUACAUUUUACAAAAAAAAAGCAAGAAAAAUAUUUUAACAGAAUCCACACAAUUAUCAAA